ACACGGAGAGGUUAUGGCGAACCAAGACAGUUUCCACCUGACUUACCGUGAAGCCACACACAGUGACUACGACGCCGUCAUGAACAUGGCGUCAGUAGACACAUUCCGGGACGGGUUCGACUACCUGCCCGCCAAGUUUCACCAAUGGGUGGACGACCCGGAAGUCAUAAUGUUAGUAGCGGAAGCUGAGGACAAACUGAUUCUAUUGAGUGUGCUCAUUAUAACUGACGGCGGUGCAAAUCUGCUGCGAAAAACCGGCCGGAUAGUCCCAGAACUGCGGGGGAAGAAGUUUAUGACGAAGAUGAUUCUUGAAUAUGAAAAAGCUUUGCGGCUACGUGUACAUCCUGGGCUGCUGCAGCUAAAGCGACACACCCUGACGGAUGUCGAGCGUCCCUACCUUUUAAAAGUCGUUCCGAACGUGAAGGAGAUCUGUUAUAUAGCAAGUAUCCCUUCUGUUUCACAUGAUGCCAUGUACUUCCAAGGCAAGUCUAACGAAGUGCUGGAUAGUUUGGAAACCAAGGACGUUCUUCCAUCUCCUCCACACCCACCAGUAGUGCCCUACCAACCUUCCGACAUGGCGCGGCUGGCAAGGCCAGAGUUCUCCAAGCAGGGAGACAGUUUGUAA